CUGUGUGGUAGAUGGUAGAUGAUUCACACAUUCACGACCCUGGUCUGUGUAACUUUUCACACACUGCUGCUGUUGAUGUGUUGGUGUGUGUGUUUCCGAGCGAGUGAAACAAGUUUAGAAAAGAAAUAUUACCUACUCGAUACUUUCAGUCACAAGCAUAUUUGCUUGCGUUGCAACGAUAUUCGUGCUAGCACCCUCCCUCCGAGUCUGCUAAGUGUCGGAGCAAUGGCGGUCAAACCCCCAGGCUCAAUGCCCUGGCGCAAAUCACGUUUUCAACGAAAAGGAUAUCCUCCGGAGAUUUUCCAGGACGUGAAAUUUCGCGAGAAGAAGUACCUUUGCUCACAUUGUCACCAGGUGCUUGACCAGCCGCGUAGUGGUCCGUGUGGACACCGCUACUGUCGACUUUGCCUUGAAGACCGCAUAGAUCGGAUGAGACCCACUGCUGAAUGCUACUGGAAGGAUUGCCAGGCAGUUCUGAAACCAGCCGAGCUGGUGGAUGAGAAAGACUUGGCAAAUGAGCUGGAAAAGCAAACGGUCAAGUGUGAUUCGGGGCUAUGUGAAUGGAGUGGUAGCCUCAGAGAUUAUGUGAAACACGAGGAAGAAUGUCAGUAUGGAUACUCCUGUUGUCCAUUUGGCUGUGAUGUGAAGACACCUCGACGACAGAUUUCCCGUCACUACAAGCAACAUGCACUCCUUCACCAGGACUUACAAACACCUGAACAACAAACCGGGGUCAUUGAUCAACUGAAGACGGAAGUAGAGAAGGUUCAGCAUGAUGUGGAUGCAAUGCAGGUUGCAACACAAAAUCACUAUAGGUUUAUUCGUAAUACCUCUACAUCAUUUGGUAGCGAGGGUAAUGGCAGGGUGCAGUUCAGUAAUCCACGUGGUAUCACAAUCAGCAGCGAUGGAAAGGUCUUUAUUGCUGAUGCGAGCAAUCAUCGGGUGAAGGUCACCACACUGGAUGGUACAUACAUACGUGAUAUAGGCACAAAGGGCAGUGGUAAUGCUGAAUUCAAGUAUCCCUCUGAUGUAGCUGUGGAUGACGAUGGUGAUCUUGUGGUGGUUGACUAUAGCAACAAGAGACUGCAUGUCCUACAUCAGGAUGGGUCUUACGUGAAAACGAUUGGUAACGGUGCUAUUGGUGACUCGUAUGGUGUUGCAGCACUGUCUCUGCCCCAGCAUGGUAUUUGUUAUGCUGUAACCGAUUACACUGACGGUUGUGUGAGAGUGUUCGCUUCUGACACAUUCUCUCACGUUGCUACCUUCGGUGCAAGCAGUUGUCUUUCUCGUCCGUCCGGCAUUGCAGUAUCACCCAGUGGUACUGUGUAUGUUAGUGACACUAGCAAACACCGUAUCACAAUGUUCUAACUGUUGUCCUGGAGCAUCUUGUUUCUUGUUCUACACUAAUGUUUCUCACUGCUGUGAAACAAGAACAGGACCAGUAUUAGCAGUUUUGUUUGCUCAGGCUUUACUAUAGUAUUUCAGUUUUGGUUGUGUGACACAUCGAGUAUGCAUAACCUACCCAGUAGCUAACAUGCAUUGGGCAGGCGAACAGUAGAUCCAGCCAAGUCCUGACCGACUGGAGCAGUUCCAACAUGUCUGAUUAAGAUGAUGAACUGAUGAACAUUGCCAAUUACUGUUUAUCAUGCUUGCAUGAUUGAAUGUGUGCUUGCAUAUGUGUGUAUGUGUUUGUGUGUGCAUUUGUUUGUGUGUGUGUGUGUGUGUGUGUGUGUGUGUAUGUGUGUUUGUGUAUGCGUGUGUGUAUGCAUGCAUUUGCUUAUAAACUCCUGCCCUGAGUUGUAUAUAUACAUGGUACUUGGAUCACUCUCAUUGUUACAAUCCUAUUCUCGAUGUGCAGAGGAUGAUUCUAUUGAUUGUGUUAGCUGCGUGCUCUUUUUCCUUUCUCUGAAAAUCUAUUGCAUUUCAGCGAAAUGUCUCGCUGCUUAGUAUCGCAAUACAUCAAAAAGUUUUUUUAUGUCACUUUUGGAUACAAUGAAGAAUGAGCACAUUGUCCGAGGUACUGUUUUCUUUCUAUCAUCUUUCGUGGUGUUUUCUGUUAGUAUCUUUAUUUUAGAAAUGUUUCAAAACUCGUUUUUUUAUAACUGCUGCUGCAUACCCUUCUUGUUUGAUCUGAAGAGAUGGAGUA